UAGUAGCGUCUUGGCUAGUUUCGUCGCCGUCGUCAUCCCCCCCGUGCUCCCAUGGCCGCCUCUGCCCCGUGAGAGCCUCCACUGUGCCUCCCUCAUCGCCCACCUCCGAGCUCAUGCGCGUGGGCACGCGUCCGCGGCGCCGGCCAUGCGUCCACGGCGACGCCAGCUCGUCCUCCUCGCCCCGCGGCUAUAUAAGACCACCCCGCGGCCUCCCGGGCAUCUCAUCAGCCUCGCCUCAUUCCCAGAAACCUCCCCAACCUCUCCUCCGAGCUCGAGAUGGUCCAGAGCCCUCCCAUAGCCGCCUCGGCCAUCACCGGUCCCCGGCUAAAUUCACUCAAAGCUUACUCCCUCACUCCGUCCCUCCACCACCCGGCGAGAUGUUGAACUCUAGCGGAGCCUCUCAACUCUUUCCCUUGACUGCCGGCGACCUCUUGUCCCCUGUCCAUCCAUGGCCGAAGCCUCUGUCCGCCAUGGCCUUCUUCCUUCUUGCUCUGGGCUUCCUCGUCGCCCGUGCACCACCGGGGCGGGUGCGCGGCGUCAUCCCGAGCCCACUGGUGGUCCGAGCUCCACCAGGGGUGGCCCGAGGCGACGGGGCCAGCGCCGGCCUCGCCCGGCCUCGCCUUUCUGUCGCGACCGUCGCGAGGAGGAUGAUGAUGGCGGGAGGAGAGAGAAGAGAUGUCGUGGCCCCCACCCAUCAGCGACCCAGAGGCCGGCCCCGCACUCUGCUGACGUGGAAAGGCGUAUUCCAGUAAAAGGCGGUUUCAGUUUUUCUGUCAAGGGCCUGUCUGUGAGGAUUUUAUUGCAGAAAGGUCCCUGGUAGAAAAACAUUCAUAUCUUUCUACUCCUAGCUCCAAAUCAGGUGAAUCCAAAGCCCACUUCUGCGUUUCAUCGAGCCCGUUGCGAUGGAACCUUUUUCACAAUGUUUUGGCAUUCUGAAAAUGACCGUUUUGCCUUUGCGCUUAAUCAGCCCCUCCGGGAGAGAACGUUUUCGGCGAUUCUUUCCGUGAGCCUCUCGCACUUCUUGUCGGUGAUUUCUUCCACCCCAGGAAAACCACACCCUCCAUUUGCAUGAUUGCAAAGGAGUGACAUGGUUUAAGUUAUUUGAACUUGUUUAAAAUAUUGCAUUAUCUAUGUAUGAUUUGUUCAUGGAAUUUCUCGAAGUAUGGUUUUGAUCUAGAUGUUGCCAUGAUAUUGCCUGGAAUUCUAGGACUUAUAUUUUGAUGAUUAUGUGGAUGACAUGUUGCCUUUGGAUUCUUAGUG